CUGUACCGACGCUCUCUCACUGCGCUCCACUCAGGCACUAACAUCAUAGACGCACCAGUCCUCUGAAGUAAACCGAGGAGGUGAGAAAACAAGCGGGAUUAAAGUUAAGAAAAACUCUAAGAAAAAAAGGAAACAAAGGGAAAUUAAGAAGCCGGACAACAGGGAAGGAAUACAACUUGUUAAUCAUCUUGUCGUUUCAAUUUUCUAUACUGAGAAUCUCUGGAACUUUUGACAUCAUGAGGAUUUUAAGUGUUGUGCUCCUGCUGGUUCACGUCUUGGUGGUGUCCAGGCUGGCCAGUGGUGCUGCAGUCGACAGGUAUGAGAGCGACAGGCAUCGCACCACAGCUGUUAUCAACUUUUUGGACACAACCAAAGACAGAAGGAUGGAAGAGGAGAGCAGGAGUGCAGCUGCAUCAACAAUGGAGAACAUCCAGGAAGAGGAGGACGAGGAUUAUGAUGAUGAAUACUAUGAAGAGGAGUAUGAAGAUGGCAUGUCUGGAGACUAUGGAAUGGAUCUGCCACAAGUUGCCAUGUCGAGCAAACCCAAAGACCCCUCCGCCAUCUUGGAGACUGAAAGAAUUGAAGGAAAGAGAAGGACAACAAAGGGGAGAAAGAGAGGGAAAGGCAAGGGAAAGAAGAGGAAUCCCUGCCUCAAGAAGUACAAGGAUUUCUGCAUCCACGGCACCUGUCAGUACCUGAGGGACAUCCGUGCCCCCUCCUGUGUGUGCCAUACGAGUUACUCUGGUGAGAGGUGUCAGUUCUUCACCCUGCCCUUAGAGAAGCCUCAGGAGGGCUACAACCGGACCACAGCUCUGGCCGUGGUGGCAGUGGUGCUGUCAUCCGUUUGCCUCACCAUAAUUGGCCUCUUAUUAUUGCUCAGGUUUCACAAGCGGGGAGCGUACGAUGUAGAGAGUGAAGAGAAGGUCAAACUAGGGUUAGCGUCCAACCACUGAAGAGACAAAGAGAGGCAAAGAUGCGGAAAUUCUACCUCAAAAUAGAAAAAGAGAAGUGAUCCUGAAUGGAGGUCCUAGAUGGAAAAAGGAUCGUACAUGAAGAAGGGAACAGAGGUUGUUGUGUGCCUGACCCUCUGCUACGUGUUCAGAUGAAAAAAAGGACAGCUGAACAUAUUCCUUAAGGCCUCGGAAAAGAAGGCGGCCUGCCCGAAAAAUGGAAUACAAACGGCUCAGAGGAUGGACUGGAGAUGUGAUGAGCGAAGGUGAAAAGCACGAGAAGAAGAAGGAGGAACGUGUCUGGACUCUGUGCUGCUUCUUGACUGUGUGAAAAAAAGAGGUCGUUCCAGACUGAACUGUACAAGACAAAAGUUUUAAUAACGAGAGCUCAACCUGGAUUUUUUUUUCUCAACAGCAUUUUGUAUUUUCCUGCUCAAGUCCGUCUUUUAUCUUUUCUUUCUGUACAGUGAAUGGUAUAUUUAUAACUUUAAUUUAUUUAUUUAAGCUAACUGUAUUUAUAGAGAUUUUAACCACCUUCAACAAGUUUUUAAAAUAAAGAUGUUACGGUUGUUUUUAUAUUUCCUAUUGGAUGACAUGAUAUUUAUUAAUGAAACAGAAAAGCAAACAAUGCAAGCUCUUUCAGAAAGGAUGCAAAAUAUCUGAUUUCUGCCUUUAAUUUUGGCAAUCAGAAGAUGAUCAAUAGCACUGUGAUUAAUACAUUGAUCAUUGAAAGACACGAUUGUUUUUAGAUUCAGGGUAGUAUCACCGAGAAAAACACCCUGCUUAGCUCAUACAGUUACACAAGGUUAACUUGGAAGCAGUUCAACCAGUUGGAUCUGUCACUAAGGGGUUUAAGUCCUUGCUUGAAGGCACAUCAGCAGUGAAACUGAGGCUAUUCCCACACUCAAAUUCAGCUGGUUUUUGGGGAUCUCAAAGUCGUAUUAGGCAUAGGGUUUGGCCUAACUGUUACAAUGACAGAUCAAUGCUGAUAAGUUACAUUGCACUGGCUUUGUAUGGCUAAAAAGCAGCAUAAAAGCUGUGUUCUCAGCAUCUGUAUUGUUAAGAAACUUUAACAAGGGAGUCAAAUAUCCAAUGCACUGUAUGAUAAGUUGUCUUACCAUCCUUUUGAGAAACUCCCUCACUUCCAUGUUCAGCUGUCAAGCAAAAAAAUGUGAAUUAAAGUGUUCCACCCUUUCAAAUCCUGUCCUGCAGUUUUGAAGUGAUUGUCUAUGUGACUUUUUUCAGAACAAAAUAAAAAAAACUUUCAGAAUUUA